AUGGGUCUAGUCGAGCGCAGCAAUGGCGGAACGGCGGUGGUGCAAGCUCUGGACGCGCAGCCACAGCCAGCUAGACCAGGCAGAUCGAGAGAUCUGUUUGGUGUACAGCUCGAGGUAACGUCGCUGCUGCUCGAGGCGGAGCGUCGCAAGCUGGCCGUGCUGCAGCGCGAGCUGCAGAUAGCCCUCGCCGAGGGUGGAAGCGUCAAAGUCAAGGAGAAGCAGAGACAGGAGCUGCUCCACGCCAUAUCGAAAAUACAAGCGCAGCAUCAACAGCUGGACAAGGAGUAUAGGAUACACGCGGCGGGUGUCCUCCUCUGCAAUUCACGCGUCUCCGGCAAGCUGAUCAAUGCCAAAAAAGAUCAACUAUCGUGUUAUGCUAAUUAUUCCAUUCAUGAAUCGCUGCUGUAG